AUGUCCCAACAAAAUCAACCAGGCAGUCCCCAAGACCGCCGGCGUCUCGUCCGCGGUGAAACCAGGCAAUCCUUAUCAGAAGCCGGUCUUGCAGCGACACCAACCCGGGUCGACUUCAAUUACCCAGAUGUCGGCCGUCCUGAAAGCCCCAUAUUCCCCGAGGAAUAUACCCUCGAGACCCAGACCGGCCUCGUCCCUGAACGAACAUUAGAACAGAUCCGCUCCCGACCCUCAGUCACCCCGCAAAGCUUGGAAGAGGCGAAUGAGAAGGAGACUGAAUUCGUCACGUUUACCAAUGGCGACCCCGAGCAUCCGCACAAUUGGUCGCGACUGUACCGCUGGUAUAUCACCUUGGUCGCCUCGAUGCUGGUCGUCUGUGUUGCGUUUGGAUCGUCCAUCGUCACUGGCGGUCUCGGUCUCAUCGAAGAGAAAUACAACGUCUCGCUAGAAGUCGCCAUCCUCACCUGCUCAAUCAUGGUCUGCGGUUUUGCUGUUGGCCCGCUACUGUGGUCUCCUCUGUCCGAGAUCAUCGGCCGACGCCCCGUGUAUAUCAUCUCGCUCGGUCUCUAUGUCAUCUUCAACAUCCCCUGCGCGCUUUCACCCAAUAUCGGCGGCCUUCUUGUCUGCCGGUUCCUGUGUGGUGUCUUCUCCAGCUCCGGUCUUUCUCUGGCUGGUGGCACCAUUGCUGAUAUCUGGCGCAUCGAAGAGCGUGGAAUGGCCAUUGCUUAUUUCGCCGCCGCGCCCUACUGCGGCCCCGUCAUUGGCCCCAUCGUCUGUGGCUGGAUCACCGUCGGCUCCGGCCGUCUCGACCUCUUCUUCUGGGUGAACCUCGCAUUCGCCGGUGCAAUCCUCGUCCUCAUGGGCCUGAUCCCCGAGACCUACGCCCCCGUCAUCCUCAAGCGCCGCGCCGCCAAACUCCGCAAAGAGACCGGAAACCCCAACAUCAUCACCGAGCAAGAAAAGACCAAGCUCACAUUCAAGGACAUCAUCCGCACAAGCCUCAUCCGGCCCAUAACAAUGAUCAUGACCGAGCCCGUCCUCGACCUCAUGUGCAUGUACAUCGUCCUCAUCUACGCAAUUCUCUACGCCUUCUUCUUCGCGUACCCCGUCAUCUUCGGCAAGCUCUACGGCUACAACGACGGCCAGAUCGGCCUCAUGUUCAUCCCCAUCCUCAUCGGCGCCGCCUUCGCCCUCCUCACCACACCCUUAAUCGAAAAGGGCUUCAAGAAAGUCUGCGAAAUCCGCGACCCCACCCCCGAAGACCGCCUCAUCGGCGCCCUCCUCGGCGCCCCCUUCAUCCCCAUCGCCCUCUUCAUCCUCGGCGCGACCUCGUACAGCCGCAUCAUCUGGGUCGGCCCGGCCUCGUCGGGGAUCGCCUUCGGGUACGGGAUGGUCCUGUGCUACUACGCGGUCAACAACUACAUCAUCGACAGCUACCAGAAGUACGCGGCGUCGGCGCUGGCCGCCAAGGUGUUUCUGCGGUCCGGCGGCGGCGCGGCCUUCCCGCUGUUUACGACGCAGAUGUAUGACCGGUUGGGGUUGCAGUGGGCGUCGUGGCUGCUGGCGUUUAUUGGCGUGGGCAUGGUGUUUAUUCCGUAUGGGUUUUAUGUUUUUGGGGCGAAGCUCAGGGCCAAGCUUACGAGGCAUUGA